AUGUUGAAGUGGAUUCAAGGUGGCAUUUCUGCCGUUACCGGUAUCGCAGAGCCUGAAUACGGCAAAGAGUUCAUCCAUCCAGUGACCGAGAAAGUCGAGGGAAAGCAGCCGUUCCAUCAGACCACAAGAGAUGAUUUUAACUGGCAAAGCCCCAGUCAUACCAAUGUGGAGACCGCUACUUUCUACUUCUCAGACCUCAAGCAAGGCUACAUCGGCUUCGCCCAGGUUAUCCAUUCCAACAUCGUGGGACUGCACACGACGGCUCAGCUAACCUUUAGAGUCUACAACGUCAACACGCCCGAGCUGAACAUCUGGACCUCGACCAAACUGGAGAAUUUCCGUAUCGAAGGUCCCAACUUCUACGCCAACAACCUCGCCAUCGAGAUGGACGCAGCUGGAACCCAGAUCACGUUCAAGGCUUCUGUCUCUCCAGACACCACGAUCGACUUGACUUUCGACCGCGCAGUUCCUGGCGUUAAAGUCGGCGAAGACGGUACCACUUACUACGGUGACAACCUAGAGCAACCUUGGGGCAGCAUGAGACACGUUUUCUGGCCCAGAAACAUGUGCCACGGUUCUCUAAAGGUCGACGUGAGCAUAGGCUCUGAGAAACCCAGCUACAAAGAGAUCGUUUUCGAAAACGAAACACCCGUUUACUCGAUGUUUGUGAUGGCCAUGCAAGGCAUGAAGCCCCACCACGCGGCCAAAUCCUGGAACUUUCUCAACUUCCAGUCUGACUCUCACAGUGCUGUUCUUAUGGAGUUCACGACACCCAAGUCAUACGCCAACACGAAAGUGUCGAUCGGGAUACUUUGUACCAAAGACGACAUUGUCAGUGUCACCGUCAACAACGAAGCGACCCAUGUCGAUCCACAAGUUGAUUCUGUGGGUUGGCCAGUACCUCAAGAGCUCAAGGUCGAUUUCAACGGUGUUGCUUCCGAUGUUCCUAACGAGAAAAUUGACACUGCCGCUGGCGUGAAAGCCCUGGCGUCGGGGCCUCUGUCACAGCUGGUUGAGAGAGUCGAUGUCAUGAAAGAGAUUCCUUCUUUUGUCAAGAAUAUUGUGUCCGGUGUUGCUGGCACCAAGCCCUACAUUUACCAAUACGCUAACGAUUUCGACCUCACGAUCGGCGACGAAGCGCCAGUGAAGGGUAUGGGUUGGAGUGAGAUCACUUUCAUUUCUGAGGCUGAGGAAGUGACUGAGGAGUCCUAUAGUGAGGCGUAA